CGAGAAGUUGCCGCAAGUUACAGCUGACAGCUGUGAAAAUUGUUGAAAGGCAAAUUUGAAGAAUCGUCUGAAAAGAAAUGAAAAAGACCGACCUGAAUUAUGGGUUAUAAUUUGUCGUUGGACAGAUAGCUCUUGGCUACCAAUUUCGAUAUUUUUAAUUGAGAGUGUUUCAUAGUUUUGUGUAAAUGUUCUGAUUCGGUUAGAUGAAAAUGGAUAAAUCGUGGUGUAGAAAAAAAGUGUGAUAAUUUAAUUUUUAGCGGCUAUGGCUGUUCAGUAAAGUGUUAAUCGUCCCAAUUAGUUUGUUUUACUCGUAUUUGUAUAUUAUAUUUAGUUCGAUUUUGAUUUGAACCCAUAAUGGUCAAAGAAAAACCAAAUUCCAUCCGUAUCUACGACGAAGAAGGGUUCAGGCGGCGUGCAGCCUGCAUAUGUGUCAGAUCAGAGGCCGAAACCGAGGUACUACUGGUAACAUCUUCUCGAAAACCAGAAAAAUGGAUAGUGCCCGGUGGAGGUGUCGAACCGGAAGAAGAGCCCAGUGUCACUGCCACAAGGGAAGUCUUGGAAGAAGCCGGUGUCGUAGGCAAACUGGGACGCAGCCUGGGCGUUUUUGAAAAUUUGGAACACAAGGAUAGGACCGAAGUGUACGUGAUGACGGUGACGGAAGAGCUGGAGGAGUGGGAAGACUCGAAGACGAUAGGGAGAAAGCGUCAGUGGUUCACCAUCGAGGAGGCGUUGGAGCAGCUUGCUUUGCACAAGCCAGUGCAGCGUAAUUACUUGCAACAAUUGCGUCGUUCCAAGCUAACAUGACUUUUUAAUAGAAAGUAAAAAAAAAACAUAAAAACUGAUUCUGUCAAACGGAGGCUUUGAGGUUUCAUGGGUUAUUAUUAUAUUUUUCAAAUUUUCUAAUCGACGAUAAUGUGAGACUUUCUUAAUCAAUUCAAAUUUGUAGUUAUGAUUUUUUCUGCAAUAAUAAGCUCUUCGUUAUUGUGUUUCUAUUAAUUCCUGUAUCCAAAUUGCGUUAAAUUAGGUAUAAGGUUAAUGUUUCUCAAUUGUUGAGUUGCUAUUUUUGUAAUUUAAGUGAAAAAAUUAAAUUGUUAUUAUUUUUUAGGAACCUUUCUUUUUUUAUUAGUAUUACAAUUGUAGAAUCUGGUUACUAUUAUUUAUUGAAUAUUGAAUUAACUAAAUUUUGUAUACAUAAUGUAAUUUAAAUAUAACUUCAACAAG